UUAUAAAAAAAAAAAACACGUCUCACGAGGAUCAGUUGCAGCAUUAAACUUUACCUGAUUCUACUAUCCUUCAGCUUCUUCAGAAAAGUGAACAAAGAUAGUAACAACUAGACAGCAGUGAUUACGACAAUUGGUUGUUUUUUUUCUCAGUCCAUCAUUUGAAAUGCAUUCUAACGAGGCGAGCUUUCUCACAUUACAUCCAUCACUCUCUGGAGAUAUUGAAUGGGAAAUACCGCGUGCAAACCUGAAUAUAGAGAAGGUGAUUGGUCGUGGUGCUUUUGGCGUGGUAUCACGUGGAUUGGUCCUGGAUUUGCCAGGGAAACCAGGAUGGACUGUAGUAGCAGUAAAGAGCAUUCAAGGAGACGCUUCGGAAAAGGAGAAGCGAGAUCUGCUGUCAGAGAUGACAGUUCUCAAACAUCUUGACCGUCAUCCUCAUGUUAUAUGCCUGUAUGGCUGUGUCACCACUGAAGCACGGCUAUUGGUUGUGGUUGAGUACGCUCAGUAUGGUGACGUCCUCGGAUUCCUGAGGAGGAGCCGAGGGGUCCGUGAUAGCUACUACAGUGAUCCAUCAGUACAACCUCGAACCUGCCUCACUUCCAAGCAGCUGCUUAAGUUCGCUUGGGAGAUUAGUGAUGGAAUGGACUAUUUAUCUCUUAUAAAAAUUGGUUGCAAUAUUCUUGAGUUACCAUCCCUGUUAUCAGGAUUUAACUACAUUUUGGCAGAGUAA